UUAAAGUCGAUUUUGAAGGAAACGGAGUGGGCCAUCUCCGUCUAAAUCAUCUUCAGAAUUAGAUUUUCCACUGGUUUUACAGUUACUUAGUAGCUGGGAGAUUUUGAAAAUGCACCUCUAUGGAGAGAAGAAUUUUCAGUUUCAUCCGGUGCACCAGUGGAACUCCGUGGAUGUGCUGACGGAGAGCGGACUCUUCCAGCACGGGGACGUGAUCGACGUAAUGGAGAACGGUGUGAUCGUGGAUUUCCACUGCAACGAACAGCGAGCGCAGUUCGUUAGCUACGGCAAAAUUUUUAACGCUGCCGUCGCCCCCGGUUCCGUGCCGUACCAAACCUGGCUGCACCAACUGCAGUGGAAUCGCUCGCUCAUGCAGAAUGCCAGCGUGCAAGUGCUGUGGCGCUCUCAUCCGGGUGCCGCGUGGCUGUGGUACCCUGGACGGCUUCUGCAUCGUGCUUUCUUCUUCCCCUUUGAUGAUAUCGGCCUCGUGUUGGCCGAAGUUGAGCUGGAUGGUCGACAGCUACCGGAAUUGUUCUCCGCUGAUCAAGUGCGUAUUUCGCCGUCGAAGGGCGAUCUGGUCCAACGAGUACUGAAACAGGGAUGCUUUGCUGCGCGAGAACAGCGUCUGCCUGCCAGUUUUUGGUCGAACACCACGCCUAUGGCAUGUCAUCACUUUCGGGAACACCUUCAGUUUUUCAACAGGGGGGUUCGGGUUGUGUCGAUCUUGAGCGAAACACUGAAGUAUGUGCAGCGAACGGUCGCGAAGCCCCUGACAGAGAAGGAUGUGGCAACUAGGUACGAGUCGAGCCGGAUGGCGUUUGCACAGCUUCAGAAAAUGCAGGAGCAGGAUGCUCCAGGGCGGGAAUCCCUUAGCGCGAUCGAAUUACCCGCAAAGCGCAAGCACCCUGACGACGAUGCACAGCCGGAGGAGGAGCGUCUGUUACCCACCACGCCGCAUCUCCUGCGCGAGAUCUUCCAGUCAGUGGACAGCGUCCGCCGCGUGAAACUGCGUCGCGUAUGUUCGCUGUGGAAUGACCUUCUGAGCGACGCGGACAGUGCGAAAACGGUCCGGGUUUCCUUUUCCCGGAACCCAUUUUUCCCUCUGGAAGGGGAGAAUUUCACCUUCGUGUACGGGGCGGUCGCUGGUCUCCUGAAGUGCGCUACCGGUUCAACGCAACGGUUAGUCGUUGAGGCGUUGUGCGGGGAGAAUCUGGACGGUGCACUGGCGGUGAUUAAAUGGGUGUUGCGCGAUAAGCACCUCAAACAGCUUAUCUUCCAUAACGUGGAGUUCGUGUGGGACGAUCGUUUCGUGGAGCAGUACGUCAGCAGCGGCGAUGUGGAUGGUGCGGAGGUGAAGGGCGAUGGCAGCACACUGGUGCGGCGCCUGGCCAAGUACUUCAAGAAUUUGGCACCCAGCUGCGACGAAAUCCGACUCCGCCGAUGCGAUAUUAACUGCCUCCAGCAGAUGACCGUGGUUGUUGCGCAUGCGGCGAUGAAACCGGAUGCCGCGGACAUCGAAGCGCAGUUCUGGAAUCUGUAUGAGACUAAUCUGCCUCGUGAAGAAAUAAAUCUUGAGGAAACGAUGGAGUGGAUUCGCACAGGAUCGGAAGCGCUUCGCACGAUGAUUGCGAAGUACCUCAAUGAAUGGCAAAGAAGCGAUCCGCGCUUAACUACGCAGUAUCGCGAUCACGAGUGGACGGUGGAGAAUCUGAAAGAUCUGGAUGUCUCCAAGCUGACCAUCCUCACUCUGCGCGCCCUGAAGGAAGUCCUUCCCGAAGAUAUGAUGGAAGAUGUGUAAACCUAUAUUACCAGCCUCAACAAAUCUCUCCUGGGCAGUGUGUGCACUGCUGUCUUCUUUUAUUUUCGUGCCGGAAAUUUGAUGUUUUUGUGAAAAAUUCGGUUUUAUUUGCAAAUGGCUAGAGUAAUGUGCGAGCCGGCUGUGGACUGCUAAUUUAAUGGCAACCUGUACGGGUCACACAAUAACAUCACUCAGCAGUAGGUAUAAAAGU